UAUUGAGUGGGAAUGUGAAGGUGUUGGAAAGCUUCCCUGAAUUUCCCCGGAAAAAACAUUGUUUAUUUACCGUUGCAAGUUCAAGUUUCGGCUCGCCAAAAUACAAACACAUUUUGAGGAAUAGAUCGCAUCGUCUAGUUGUCACUGACGACCUACACUCAUAUGAAAUAUGUAUUUAUAACCCUCGUGAGUAUCGUUGCUGCACUACAAGUAAAUUAUUAACACCCGAGUCACCACCACCACCAUGCCUGCUUACGCCGAGACCUUGCCAGACACCAAACCAACUCACCCCCACAUGAUAUCUUCUUUAACCAAUGGCAAAAAGAGCUCUGCCGGUGCUAUGCGGCGAGAAGGAGUGGCGGUGAGCGGCAUGUCCGGUCGCUUCCCAGAGAGCAACAGCGUCGAGGAGUUCGCCUACAACCUGUACAACGGGGUCGACAUGGUCACAGAGGACGGCCGACGGUGGACUCCUGGUGCUCAUGGGCUGCCUCGACGCUCGGGCAAGCUGCCUGACCUUGCCCACUUUGACAGCGCCUUCUUCAGUGUUUCCCCCCGCCAGGCCCAUGCCAUGGACCCCCAGCUCCGCCUCCUGCUGGAGCUGACAUAUGAAGCUAUCCUUGAUGCUGGUAUGAACCCAAGUGAGCUGCGUGGGCGUCGUGUUGGUGUUUACAUGGGUGUGAGCAGCAGUGAGAGUGAGGAGGCGUGGACUGCUGACCCUGCCAAUGUAUCGGGUUAUGCCCUCACUGGUUGCUGCCGUGCCAUGUUCCCCAACAGAAUCUCCUACACCUUUGACUUUAAGGGCCCAAGCUUUGCCAUCGACACUGCGUGCUCGUCCUCCAUGGUGGCACUGCAGACGGCAUGGUCAGCCGUGAGUGAAGGGGAGGUUGAGGCGGCAAUAGUGGGAGGCACAAAUCUCACCCUCAAGCCACAGAACUCCAUGCAGUUCCAUGCCCUCAAUAUGCUUGCUUCAGAUGGCAAGUGCAAAUCCUUCGAUGCCACCGGCAACGGGUACGUGAGAAGUGAGGCAGCAGUUGUGAUCUUUCUGCAGCGAGCCACUGAGGCCCGCAGGGUGUAUGCCCAUGUGGUACAUGCACGUGCCAACACAGACGGCAACAAGGAUGAGGGUGUCACGUUUCCAUCGGGCAAAGUACAGAGAGAAUUGCUACAGGAUGUCUACAACCUUGCAGGCAUCUCUCCCUUGGAUGUAUCAUAUGUGGAGGCCCAUGGAACAGGCACCAAGGCUGGUGAUCCACAAGAGGUGGGUGCUCUAGCCGAGGUGUUCUGUGCUGGUCGUUCAACCCCACUCCUUAUGGGCUCUGUCAAGUCUAACAUGGGCCACUCAGAACCUGCCUCUGGCCUCUGCUCCAUAGUGAAGGUACUGCUAGCAAUGCAGAGAAAGGAGUUACCUGGAAACCUGCACUUUUCUACACCUAACCCUGAUAUUCCUCCUCUGGUAGAUGGCAGGAUCAAGGUGGUGAGUGAGAACACACCUUGGUCAGGUGGCUUUGCAGCUGUGAACAGCUUCGGAUUUGGUGGUGCCAAUGUUCAUGUGUUGCUACAAUCCAAUGGGGAUUUGCCUAAACCCUCUUCUCCUGCUCAUUCAAGAUCUGUCCUUAUCCCCUCCACUCAUAGAAUAAACCCAGCAUCUUCCUCUAAUGGGAUAAUGUCAGAUGACUGCAACUUUGCCAUGGAUGCAAAUGGGAAAUGCACACAAGAGGAUUCCUCAAUGAAUGAAUUUCUUUCAAAUGAUCAGCCAAGGUUGGUGGUGGCUUCUGGACGCACUGUGGAGGCAGUGACAACAUUGUUGGAGGGGGUCAGGAGGAAAGUCACCCCAGCACUCUGUGGCCUAAUUGAUAAACUCUCGGAUAUGCCAACAGUCGGUCACCCAGCACGUGGUUUUGUUACUAUAAACUCUGAAAAGGAAAUGGUGCAGGUGUCUCGUGUCUCCCCCACCCAACGGCCCCUUUGGCUGGUUUUCUCUGGCAUGGGUUCGCAGUGGACUGCCUGUGGCCGUGCCCUCCUCCGCCUUCCCACCUUUGUUGCCUCCAUCAGAAGGUGCCAUGCUGCCCUCCAGCCACUAGGACUUGACUUGACCCAAAUUCUGACCAACGAAGACCCUGCAGUCAUGUCUUCAACAGCAGCAAGUUUCUCUGCCAUUGCUGCCAUGCAGGUGGGCCUCGUGGACCUGCUGAGGUGUGUUGGUGUGCAGGAGAUAGCUGGGUUGGUUGGUCACAGUGUUGGGGAGCUGGGCUGUGCCUAUACCGAUGGAGCCUUGACAGCAGAACAGACAGUUCUGGCAGCUUACUGGCGAGGCCAAGCUGUACAGGAGGCCAGCCUACCCCUGGGUGCUAUGGCUGCUGUUGGUCUGGGUGCAGCAGAAGCAGAAAAGUGGUGUAAAGAUGGAGUUAUUGUGGCCUGCCAUAACGCCCAUGAUUCUGUCACUCUCUCUGGUCCAAAAGAAGCUAUUGAAGCUGUGCUGGAAAAGCUGUCGGCUGAAGGAAUAUUCUGUCGUGCAGUCAAUUCUGAGGGCGUGGCCUUCCACCACCCAUCACUGAAGGCUGCUGCACCACGCCUCUUAAAAGAACUGAUUAAGGUGAUCCCAUGUGCCCGGCCGAGGUCAUCACGCUGGGUGAGUUCAUCAGUGCCAGAGGCGCGCAAGGAUGCCCCUGGAGUCAAUGUUGCUUCUGCCGACUACCUUGUCAAUAAUCUUCUGUCACCAGUACUAUUUGCGGAGGCUCUCGAGAAGAUUCCUGCGGAGGCUCUGGUUGUUGAGGUGUCGCCCCAUGGUCUCUUGCAAGCCAUCCUGAGAAGGUCGCUGCCACAAGCAACACCAAUCCCUCUUAUUAGGAAGGAUGCAAAGUGCACCCUGACCCACUUCCUAGAAGCACUUGGCAAGAUGUAUGUGGGAGGUGUAAGCGUGGAUGUGAGCGCACUCUACCCUCCCCUCGCUACACCCGUUCCCCCUUCCACCCCCUCCAUCGCCAGCCUUAUCGGAUGGGACCACAGCCAGGAGUGGGAUGUGGCUCGCUUCAACACCACUGCAGCUGGGUCAGAGUACGAGGUGAAGGUGGACUUGGAGUCUGAGGAAUACCGCUACCUGGAGGGUCACACUAUUGAUGGCCGUGUCAUCUACCCUGCCACUGGUUAUUUGGUGUUGGCAUGGAAAGCAUUGUGUCGCCUUAAGGGUUUACAGUGGGAGGAAACGCCAGUCACCUUUAGUGAUGUGACACUCCACCAGGCCACUGUCCUGUCCUCUUCCUCCAGUAGCGCUGCUGCCACCACCCUCACUGUCAGAAUCCUGCUCAUCAAAGGCGAAUUUGAGGUUGUGGUAAGUGACUCUGUAGCUGCUUCAGGCCGCAUCCACCACGGAGUAGAUCAUUCAGCUGAGAGCAAGAUGCUAGUGGACUUCCUGGCUUCAGCAACUCAAGAAAAUGGAGGAAACUUACUGCAGAAGGAUGUGUACAAGGAACUUCGACUUAGGGGAUACCAAUAUGGAGGCAUUUUCCAGGGCAUUGCAAAGACUGACUUGCAAGGUACCCAUGGGAGCCUUAUGUGGAAGGAGAACUGGGUGGCAUUCUUGGACACAAUGCUUCAGUUCUCUUUAGUUGGGUCCAAGCAACGUGCACUGAUGCUGCCCACUAGGAUACGCAAAAUCACUGUAGAUCCCAGCAAAAUUCUUGGUGAUGUGAAAAAGGAGGAUGACAUCAAAACAGUGUUUGUGAAACACAAUUCCCAUGUGGGCAUAACUGCUUGUGAUGGUGUGGUCAUACAAGGACUGAAGGCCACACUGGCCCCAAGAAGACCUACCCAAGACCACCCUCUGUUGGAGACAUUCCAGUUUGUGCCACGCCAUCUGACAGAAGAUCAUCCAGUCUCCUCUUUGAUGACAACAGAAGAGAGCCUUGGAGUACUUCUUGACUUGGCAUUGGAGAACACCUUAGGUCGUGGUCUGAAGAUUGUGGAGAGCGCUCCCUGUGUGGCCUCCACCAACAUAGAACAGGAGACCAUCUUGGCACACACUUUCAUGAAUAUCCUUAACUUGAGACCAAUGUUAAAGGUGGAUUACAUCCUGCACACACGAGACGCACUACCUGCUGAGGAGCAGGAGCGUCUAGCCUCUGCUGGUGUAGCGGUGAAGACUAAUCUUGCUUCUACUCUUUCUCCUACUCCACACUUCCUUAUCCUCCACCAACUUGAAGACUCGGAGAUCAUUGACAAACUGAAUGGUGGUUCUUUCAUCUUCACAAGAACCAAGGAUGUAAUGGAGGUUCUGAAAACAACUGGGUGUCAGGAGAUUGCUUCUGUUGACAAGAUUGGAAUGAAGUUGUUUAGGAAGAACAACCCUGAGGUUCCCUACACAACACUGAAGAUCAGCAGCUCUGACGGAGACUUCUCCUGGGUGGCCACACUGAAAGAAAAAAUUCUCUCUCCAAAUACUGACAACGUGUGGCUUGUUUCUUCUGGCGAACCUUUGUCGGGUAUUCUAGGACUUGUGAACUGCCUCAGGAAGGAACCUGGUGGAGAUAAAGUAAGGUGUGUGUUUGUUCCUGAAGGCAAAGCUGAAGUAGACUCUGAUUUGUUAGCCAGUGAUUUGGCCAUCAACGUUUGCCGUGGAAACCUCUGGGGCACACACAGAUUCUUGCCUUUAAGUCAGUUGGCCCCUCAGCCAUCCACUCAUGCUCUAUUGAAUGUGGCUACACGUGGUGACUUGACCUCCCUCACCUGGUUCCAGAUGGCUUCUCAAGAAACCUCUCCAGAAGUUGAUGACGGCAUGAAGGUGUGUGAUGUUUAUUACGCACCACUGAACUUCCGUGAUGUGAUGCUGGCUACAGGAAAACUGCCACCAGAUGCGCUGCCUGGAGACCUAGCUAUGAGGGAGUGCAUCUUGGGCCUGGAGUUUGCUGGUGUGAGUGAUGGGAAGCGUGUAAUGGGUCUUGUGGCUGCAGGUGGGUUGGCUACUAGUGUGAGGGCUGACCCCCUGCUCACCUGGCUUGUCCCUGCCUCCUGGUCCCUCAAGGAUGCUGCUACAGUCCCAGUAGUAUAUGCCACAGCAUAUUAUGCGUUGGUGGUGCGUGGAAGGCUGCAGCGUGGAGAGAGUGUCCUCAUCCAUGCUGGGUCUGGUGGCGUAGGGCAGGCAGCCAUCAGCAUUGCCUUGUCAUACUCUUGCACAGUAUACACCACUGUCAGCACCGCUCAGAAGAAGGCAGUUCUGCAGAAGCGCUUCCCUCAGCUCCGAGAUGAGAAUUUUGCUAACUCACGUGAUGUGAGCUUUGAGUAUGCUGUUCUUGAGCGCACUGGAGGACGAGGUGUUGAUGUGGUGCUAAACUCUCUGGCUGGGGACCUCCUGCAGGCUUCAGUCAGGUGUCUCCGAGAACAUGGCCGUUUCUUAGAGAUUGGCAAGGCUGAUCUCUCCAACAACACUGCCCUUGGCAUGGCCAUAUUCCUGAAGAAUGUGACCUUCCAUGGGAUCUUGCUGGACGCCCUAUUUGAUGCCUCGCUGGAGGAACGACAGCGAUUAAACCAUCUCGUUGCAGAAGGUCUUACAGCUGGAGUAGUGACUCCCCUUCCUUCCACACUAUUCACAAGGGACUCUGCUGAAGAUGCCUUCAGGUACAUGGCAACAGGAAAACACAUUGGUAAAGUGGUGCUGGAGGUGAAGCCGGAGGUAACAGAUUCGCCUGCCUCCCCUAACUCUGCCCUGGUGCAGGCUGUGCCUCGGGUGAUUGCCCAUGGCCAUAUGGUGUAUGUGAUCACAGGAGGGCUGGGAGGUCUGGGGUUGGAACUGGCUGGGUGGCUCAUUAGUCGUGGGGCAAAGAAGCUGGUGCUAACCUCUCGCCGGGGCAUCACUACUGGCUACCAGGCACUUUGUGUGCAACGGUGGCGUAAUUCAGGUGUAAGUGUGCGAGUGAUGACGCAGGAUGCUUCCACCAUUGCUGGUGCGACCACUCUACUCCAGACGGCUGGCGAGGAAGGGCCUGUUGGUGGUGUCUUCCAUCUUGCUAUGGUGCUGCAAGACUCCUUCCUUGAGAACCAGUCACCAGAGACCUUCCGUGCAGUAAAUACUGUUAAGGGUGAUGGAGCCGUGGCGCUGGACAUAGCCUCUCGCAUAUCUUGCCCAAAUCUCCAUUACUGGGUUGCCUUCUCCAGUGUCACCUCUGGGAGGGGCAAUGCUGGUCAGACCAACUAUGGCUGGGCCAACAGGGUGUGUGAGGGAGUGGCAGAGUCCCGGGUGCAGGCAGGCUUACCUGGAGUAGUUGUACAGUGGGGUGGUAUUGGCGAGGUUGGCGUUCUUGCUGAUAACUUUGGUGAUGUUGAGGUGGGUGGGACAAAGCCCCAGUCAGUUCGGUCGGUACUGGAGUGCCUGGAUGUGCUGAUCUUGAGUGCCUCCCCAGUGGUGUCCUCCUUCUGCCUUGCCACAAGGAAUUCUGGCAAAGCAGAUGGCAUUGGUGGUGCCUCAUUGGUCAAAUCCAUUGCUAAUAUCCUUGGAAUGAAGGAUGUUUCAAAGGCUCCCUUGGAUGUGACUCUUGGGGAUCUGGGCUUGGACUCCCUCAUGAGUGUAGAGGUUAAGCAAACAUUGGAGCGAGAAGCUGACCUCAUCCUUACUGCUCCUCAAGUCAGGGAGCUCACUCUCAGGAUGCUCCAAGACCUGGAGAAGCAAGGUGGUGCCCCUGCCCAGUCCACACUUGAGGGACCAGAAGCCACAUCAACAAAGGUUGCAGUGAAGCCAGUGUCAGAGGAGUUGCAAGUGCUCCCUCAGCCAUGGCUAACCUUACCACUACUACCAGAAGUUUGCAUUAGGGUGCUGCGAGAGGGUGGCAGCACACACAUCCCGCUCUUCCUGGCUGCUCCCAUACAGGGUACAGCAGACCCCCUUACUGAGGUUGCAAAGCGCCUUGAUAGACCUGUGUAUGGUCUGCAGUAUCCACCUGACCUUCCCCAUCAGUCCAUUACAGAGAUGGCCAAAAUCUUGGUACAGGAACUGCAACAGGUAUACCCAUCAGGAGAUUAUGCUAUUGGAGGCUACUCUUAUGGUACUGCUGUGGCCCUAGAAAUGACGUGUUUGCUGCAGGCCAACAAUCGUGUCCCUACUUCAAUUGUCCUCCUAGAUGGCUCUCAGUCCUAUGUGUCUGGUAUCAUUGAGGGUUACAAAUCUAAACUUGGUUCCAAUUUGCCUGUACACGAGUCCUACAGAUUGAAUAAUAAGGCUCAAGAACAGGUGGAGGUGUUGCUCGUGUUUGCCAUGCAAUUCACAUCUGUUGACCCAACAACAUUGAAGAAGACCCUACUGGGAUUGAAAUCCUGGGAGGAGCGAGUUAACCUGGUGGCGGAUUUGGUGACAAAGAGGAGAGCGUCGGCGGGCGUCGGCGCACACCAGAAUGAACAUCGACAGGCUGUGAAAGCAGCCGAGUUGCUCUACCAGCGGCUAUUGGCUGGAAGCCAACACAAAGCGGAGGGGCGUGUGAGUCCUCCCACACUCCUGGUGCGAGCCAGGGACAAUCCCCAGGCUGCUUCUCUCGGACGCGACUAUGGAGUUAGCAAGAUUGUAGGAGGAGUCCUGAAGAUUGAAGAAGUAGCAGGAACUCAUGAGACUUUUGUGUUGGGGAACAGUGGACAACAAGUGGCCAGUCUCAUCCAAACCUUCUUGCAGGAGGCAUCACCAACUGUCAAGGUGCUAAACUAGAAUCUGAGGGUAUUGGUGGUUGUAUACUUGGUGAAGAGGACAUCACCAGGAAUGAUCUGUGAUAUACAUUUAGGUGAUGAAUAAUGUCAGAGGCCAAAAAAACAAAGGGAAUGACUUUACAUUGUUACCUGCAGUAAGGUACAGUACAGUACAGUACAGUACUAUACUAUACUAUGCAGUACAUAAGUGUUUUUGGGACACUGGUAUCCUAUAUGGAUGGACAAAAGUUUUCACCCAUAGUGUUAAGAUUCGACAGCUUAUUUUAAGCAGACAAAAUACAGCUUUAAUAGUUCACUGAAUUUUGCUUUUUCUUGUUUGUAUAUAUAUGACUAUUUAUGUACAUACAGUAUUAGAAUAUCACCUUCCAUAGUCACUUCAUGAAUAUGACUAGCACAGUUGAACAAAAGCUUAUUGUAUCUUGCAGUUAAUUUGAAAUACCUCAGAAUUUAUGACAUGGUUCUCCAUAGCUUAAUUUCUCCAGUGUACAUCUUCAAAUACUAAUAGUGUCUCCUCAAUUUCGUUAACAGGAACACUUAAGUAGGAGGAUAUGUUUGGUAUAUUGGGUUAAAUAUGAUACUGACUUUCAAUGGAAAGUGAAGGGGUUGGAAGUACCAGGCAUUAGUUUAGGGUGUGCUUAAUUUAUAUAUUUGUAUGUCUGUGUUAUGGAACUUGCACAUUUUAUUCCAAUAAUUUUAAGAUAAUGUAGUUAGUACACUUGGUUUUAAUAUUGGUAUUGUUCGUUCCAUACAGGAAUUUGGCAAUACAAUAUAUAUAUAGAAGGCGUCCCUCUUGAUGUAGAUGUUGAGCACUGCAUCCAACAUGUUCCUUUAGGGUUACCGUGUUAAUAGUAUGACGCUGGAACAUGUAUGGUGUACAGUAUACCGAGUUUAUUUGAUCAUGUCCUUUAGGACUGAGAAGUUGCAAUGCCAACAAUGCAGCCAGUUAGUGGUUACUUUAGCUGUAAGAAAUUCUUGUACAUAUUACCAAGAAGUAAAUUCCAGCUUUAUAUUUUUUCAUUAAAUGAUGCUCUUGAGUGAAAAUUUUGCUGAUACUGUAUUAUAUAUUGGAAGCUCGGAUAUACACAAGUACAGUACAGUAAUGCACAAGUAAUUGUUUGUUGUGCCUAGUGAAUUGUUCUCGGUUGAUGAAUGAAUGUUAAAAAUUUUUAGUUGGUAAAUGAAUGUUACAAUUUUUAGUUGAUAAAUGAUAUUCAGUGACAGGUUUGUUUAGAACUGUUGCUGCAGAAUGUGGCGACUGAGUAAUAUAUUGUAUGUAGUAUAGUAUAUCCUUUAUGGAGAGCUUGGAGUAGUGUCCUGACAUAUUAAGGUACAGUAUAUAACCAUGAUAGUGUCCGUACAUGAACGAGUAUGUUCACACACAUAUCUGUCCAUUCCUUCCUAUGACAUAAUUGCAUCUUUAUUUUGACUACCUAUAUUUGUUGAAAAUUUUUAUAUUUCUAUAUUUAUUGUGAAGUGAUGAUGUAAGGAUUACAUGUACAAGUAUAAGCGGGAAGGACUAUUUUUUGAUGAUAAUUUUGUCUUUCUACAAGUCUUCAAAUGCACAACUUAAAUUAUCAUUUUACAAAGUUCUCACCUGCCACAAAGGUCCGUGUUCAAUUAUUGGACUUUGUAUUUAUUGUGUAAUGAUGUUCACAUAAAAAGAAAUCUUAAGUAUA